AUGCGGGUGAACCGCCUUGGAAGUGGGAGUGGAGUCUCAGUUAAGAUGUCAUCUAACUGUGAUUUCACCAGAGACCCUGAGCCAACACCAGGACUGCUGCUGCUGAUCGCCUUGACAGGCUACACGGUGAAGAAUGCGUGGAAGAACGACCUCUUCUUCUCCUGGUCCUAUUUUUCUGGGGGGCUGGCUUUACCCUUCUCAAUUAUCGCGGGCUUAUGCUUUCUGCUGGCAGACAUGAUCGUGCAGAGCACCGACGCCAUCAGUGGAUUCCCCCGUGUGCCUGCAGAAUGUAACCCAUCCUUUCAUACUGUGGAGGCAGGGCAGUAG